UAACAAAAAUCAUUAAAUAAAUAAUUGAAAAAAGGGGCAAAGAAUAGGCUAGGGGAGCGCAUUACAGGAUUCAACUAUUUCUUCGAUUCCAGAACCAUAACUUUGUAAUAACUAUUGAACUCAAAGGGCUAUUUAGGUUCUGCCAUCCUAAGAGUCCUGACUGAUAAUGGCAACCAGUGAUGUUGUUUUUCAAGGUGUCAUCUAUUACUGUUUGAUCCCCAUACUAAUACAAUUUCUCAUCUUUACACUUCUCAAUAAAUAUGGAACUUCAAUGAAAGCAAGACUCAUAAGUAUCUUCUGGAAUCAUGCAAUGAUCAAAUACCAUGCUGCUCUUCGAGACAUGAAAAAAGUUCAUUUUAAUUCGAUGAAAUAUCACAAAUCAGCAGAUCUGUAUUUGAGGAACAAGGGCCUUUUGAGAAUUCUGGAAAUUGGACCUGGUUCUGGUGCUAAUUUUGAAUUCUUUCCACCUAAUUCAAAAUUAACAGUUGUCGAACCAAAUGCAUUUUUCGAGCCUCUUUUUUAUGAAAGGCAGAAGAAAAGUCUCAUUAAAGUGGAUAAGUUUCUUCUUACUUGUGCUGAAAACAUGAAAGAAGUUGAGGACAGCAGUAUGGAUAUAGUUGUAUCCACUUUGGUACUUUGUUCAGUUCGAGAUCUGAAGCAAACGCUCAAAGAAGUUCACCGUGUACUCGCAAAAGGUGGAAAAUUCUACUAUUGGGAACACGUUCACGACGUACCUGGAACUUGGCUCCAUUUCCUUCAAAACUUGUUGACUUACACUGUGUGGGAUCUCAUUUUUGGCUGCCACUUAAAUCGCAACAUUGACGACGUUGUAGCAGAAGACGUAAACUUGUUUUCGCAUGUGUGCCAAAAACGUUUCGAUAUCCCCUUCAGUAAAGAUGGGUGGUCGGUAUGGAAACUUGUUCGGGUUCAUGUCAUGGGAGUCGCCACCAAGUAGUCAUAGUGCCAAAAAAUUUUGAAAAUUUUGUUUUAAAUUUAUACGGGUUAUCAUUUGCAUAGAGGCCUUAUUUGAUAAAUAAACACGCAACGACGAAAACACAA